CAGAAAACCCACAAUGAAAUUUCACUGUUACUGUGCUUCCUUCACUCCUGAAAAGCUCCACGAGUGGGAUAUGAAGCGCCAGAAGAUACAGACCAAAACAGACAAAGAUAUAAGCCAAAAUGGACAAAGACAUACACCAAAAUGGGCAGUAACACUGAGCAAGUGAACCUGCAAACACUUUUGGAACUCUCAGUUCCUCUGCGUAUCUGCAGCCACUAAUCCGAGGGGUAUCGGGAGCCCCGAGGUGGCUUGUUGGGAGGGGAGCUGGCAGAACCGCACACCAGAAAAAACAAAGGGAAGGAACGACGCCGGAGGGGACGGCACUGCCAAUUUAUUGUUUUCAUUGCAAGUGCGUUUUGCCGGAGAACCGGCAGGAAUGCAGGGGGAAAAAAAAAACCUAAACGCUUCCUUGGCACGUGGCAGCAGCUUUCCUGUCCCGCCUGGGCUGCGGCGGGCGAGGGGUCGCGGGCGGGCCGGGCCGGGGCUGGGCCGCCGGCGCUGCCGCCCGGAAGGACGCGGCGUGUGCGGGCCCCGUGACCGCCGGAGCCGCCAUGGCGGGGGACGGCCCCGCCGCCCUCCCGGUGCAGCUGGUGGAGCAGCCCAGAUUGCAGAAGCUGAAGGAAAUGUUUAUAUCAAAAUAUGGAUCAGCUCCCAAGUUUUAUGCUCGUGCACCAGGACGAGUGAACUUAAUAGGAGAACACAUAGACUACUGUGGUUAUGCUGUGCUCCCAAUGGCUAUAGAACAAGAUAUCCUGAUUGCAGCAGAACCUGUACAGACUCAAGUUGUGCAACUGGCAAAUACCAAUUCUUCAUACUUCUCAUCUGUCUUGAUAUAAUCCCCAUAACUGGCAGCAGUUCAGUUUCUCCUGGAGAAGGGAGUGAAAUGUUUUGUAAUCGAUUACUGCAUAGGGAUUUCAGUACUAGUGUUAAUAACAUUCAGAUUAACAAAACCAAACCUCAAUGGCAUAACUACUUCCUGUGUGGACUGAAGGGCAUCCAGGAACAUUUUGGUCUUAAUAACCCAACUGGAAUGAAUUGUCUGCUAGAUGGAACCAUCCCUCCAAGUUCUGGUCUCUCUAGCUCCAGUGCUUUGGUGUGCUGUGCAGGACUCGUGACACUCAGAGCUAAUGGAAAAACCCUCUCUAAGGUGGAACUUGCAGAAAUUUGCACAAAGAGCGAACGUUACAUUGGCACAGAAGGUGGAGGGAUGGACCAGUCAAUCUCUUUUCUGGCAGAAGAAGGAACUGCCAAGUUGAUAGAGUUCAAUCCACUGAGGGCAACUGAUGUUAGACUUCCAAGUGGAGCAGCGUUUGUUAUUGCAAACAGUUGUGUUGAAAUGAAUAAAGCAGCAACUUCUCAUUACAAUAUUAGGGUAAUGGAGUGUCGGCUGGCUACAAAGCUUCUCUCAAAGUCAAAAGGCUUGGAUUGGAAAAAAAUGUUGAGGCUCCAUGAUGUGCAAACCAAGCUAGGAGUUAGCCUAGAGGAAAUGCUGACCAUUGUCGAGGAGGUAUUACAUCCUGAGCCUUACAGCACAGAGGAAAUUUGUAAAUGCCUGGGAAUUAGCCUGGAGGAGCUCCACUCUCAGAUCCUUAGUCAAAACAUUCAAGAUGUCUCCACCUUUAAGUUAUACCAGCGUGCAAAGCACGUGUACAGUGAAGCUGCCAGAGUGCUGGAAUUUCAGAAGAUAUGCAGCAAAGCACCUGCCAAUGCACUCCAGCUGCUGGGAGAAUUAAUGAACCAGAGCCAUAUCAGCUGCAGGGAGAUGUACGAGUGCAGCUGUCCCGAACUGGAUCGGCUGGUCGACAUCUGCCUGCAAUUCGGGGCCAUCGGGUCACGUCUGACUGGAGCUGGAUGGGGUGGCUGCACUGUGUCAAUGGUGCCUACUGACAAGCUGAGCAUGUUCCUAAAAAAUGUAAAAAAAUCUUAUUACCAAACGGAUGGCCAAAGGUUAGCAGGGGAGAAUAACAGUCUGUUUGCUACCAAACCUGGAAGAGGAGCUUUGGUUUUUGUUGAGGCCUAAAGAACGUAAAAAUUUUAAAGAAACUAUGUGGAGCAUUUGGAACUGGCAGUACUUCCCAUGCCACAGUAAAUGAAUGCCUUUUCUGGUUUGUAUUGUAAUGAGCAGUUGCUAUUAUCAAAAUGUAUUUCUGAAGAACUAAUUAAAAGAAAACUCUUUGAUUAUAAAAGUCUUAUUUUCUUCCAUACUAAAUAUAUAUUUCAGUAUAAACGUUGAUUUACUAAAAUGUAUUGACAGAGAAAACUGAAAUUGAAAUAAAGAUGAUACUGUGUUACAGUG